UGUAGCUUGUUUAUUCACCAACAACUUCAGUUACAUAUUUGUAUUUUGCAUUUGCAUUUGCAUUGUUUCAAAUUUAUUGAUGGGCGAGUAUAUUAAACUCAACGCAAUUUAGAUUGGUUUCUCAAUAUCGGUAUCAGCUUAGUAGCAAUAUCUCUAUGAAAUAAAUAUAAUAUAAUAUAGGUAAUACAUAUUUUACUUGAUUGUAUUGAUAGUAGGUAUUUAUUAAGUAUAGUUAUAUAUUCUACUUGGUCACCAUUGGUCUUUAUUAAUAGCAUAUAUGUAUGUUUGUGUUCUGGUUUCUCCCGGUUCUCACCCUUAAACAUGGCAUGGCAUGACAUGAGUACAUAUGUAUGUAGUUUCAAGGUUUGAGUAAAAAUGUGAUAAUCGUUAAAGGACUAAAGUACAUACAUAUACGUAAUUAGAAGCUUGUAUUAUGGUAAUAUAUGCUAGAAUAAUAUGAACUAUAUAUAUGAACUGUUAUACAUAUUUGAUACACUGUUUUGACUAAUAUGCUCGCGCUAAACUAUAGGUUUUAUUUACGGUCAUUCGAAUACGAACUUUUUAGAGAGAGUAUGUGUGUGCGGUUACAUCUUAACUAGCAAAUACAUACAGUAAACGUCGAGUAUAUAGAUUUAAGGAUAGUUUUGAAUAUGUGAAUACUGUGCACAAAACGCUUUGGUUAGUUGCAUUAGCAUUGUUGUUUGUUUGACCCCAUACCAGCUUUUUUUUGGAUUGUUAGUUACGUAACACUUAUGCAACAUUUGAACAUAGUUAGGCAACAAUAACGACUUGAUUACGCAUAAUAUAUGUAAGUAUUGAGUAUGCUGAACUAUUCAGUUAGAAGCUAUAUUGUCUAAUUCACACGUUUAUAUUGGAUGCUGGGCCCCCAGAAGGGGGGCAAAAGCAUAAACUUACACAACAACUUUAUGAAAACCGAACAAAACCAUGUGCUAAAUAUCAUAUAUGUACGUUCGAGUUGCAUACCCUGUACAAUGUCUUUUUCUAAGGUUGUUGUAAUACGCAAUCAUUGAAGAGUUCCUUAGUUGUAAAACGCGUGUUGCAUGAUUGAAUUCGGCAAUUCUUCAAAGCGUGAAAAGUCGUAACGGACACAGCAUAGAAUUUCUGGUGUGCUAUGAAUGAAUCUAGGGUAUUACGAGUAUUUGAGUAAUUCAUCUUUCACAACAAUAGAACAACGAUGAUAAUCAGCAAGUAUUUCAGCUAUUCGUAUAUACAGUUUGUCAAUAUAACCUCAUUGUAUACCUGCGAUUAACUACAUUUAGUCGGCUUCCUUGAACCUUUUUCGACCAUUACAGAGCUAUCUUUUUUUACAAUACUUUCGAUUACUGUUUUUGGGUAAUAAGCGUUCAAAAAUAUGAUUUUCAUGCCCCAAUAAACAGGAUUUUGACAAUUAAACAGGAUUUUACAUGGUGAUCACAACGCUUGAAGACACUUGCAGCCAUUCAAGUGCCUUGCGGCAAUAUCCUUACGAUCCAAUACGAUCUGGUCAAGUGAGGCAACAAAGUCGUUAAUACUUAUGGGGUAAAGUCUAAAACUUUGGGUGGGAAGAGUCGAAGUUACAAUCAGUGGUUUGUCCUAAAUCUAAAUUUAUUGGAACACCCAAUUUAGCGACUUUGUUCCUCACUAGAGAACAUAAACAUUAAGCACAACCUAACACUUCUAUUCAAAAUUGUGAACGCUUAUAGAACCUUUUGCAUGUUUUCAGUUUCUAUGGAAUGUUGUUCAUAUUCCACGUACCAUUCGGUACCAAAAUCCUAUCAAAUAUUCCCUUUUUUGUCAGAUAACUUGUGUGUGUGCUAUGUGGGCAACAAUUUUACACGAUUUAAUGAUUAUAUAGAUAGUUUAUUUAACUUUAACAACUUGUAAUAUUAAAUUGAUUUACUUAAGGAAGGCGGCUCUCCGCUGUGGAGUAAUGCCCAUUAAUCCCGUCCAAUUUCUACGCCGUAUUGCCAAAAAGUUUUAAUGGGUUUCCGAAGCGAGAAUUCUAUAGACAGAACCGAAAACCAAAGUUGCCUGGGUUUUCGGUUCUAGACCUAUGAAAAAAUUAUCUAUCUGGACUCAUUGGAAUAUUUUCUAAAAAAAACAUAUUUAUAUGAUUGGCACGCUAUUUUCGAACUCGCAUACCGUGGAAAACCCAAAAUUAUCAGCUCCAAAUGAAUCGUAUUUCGUAUUCUUCGCGUCGCCAGGCGAUGGAUGUCUUCAAUGGAGACCCCUUCAAAAUUCACUCUUACAACUUUCGCUAUGCCGACAAGCCAUUUUAUCCGGUCCAGAACUACCAAAGAUCCCCGCCCCCAGCUCCGCCGGCACUGGCGAAGAAGGCCUCCUUCCAGACCUUCUACCAAAAUCCCAGAUUCAGCCAGGAUCCCGAGUACAUUCCGGCAAAAAGGAGUCCACACCCUAGCUCGUAUAGGCGUCGACUCCUGCAGGAAUCAAUGGAUAUGUCCUUCGGAUCUUCGGUGACAACGCCGGAUAGGCAAAGUGUACCGGUGGCUCCGCAGACGAAGCGUUCACCCACCGCCACGGAUUCCCCGCAUCUCAGGACCUGCUGUCAAAGUGGUCGGUACGAGGCUAUGAGACGGGGUCCGAGCAUUACGACUUUGUGUCAGAGUAGCAGUAAUCUCCUGCGAUCAGCUGGUGGCGGUGCCCUUCCUACUUCAACCACCACCUUCUCCAGGAACUCCAACACCCAUCUGCAGAGCAGAAGAAGCGGCUGCGGGAUCAGCAUCAAUAUUUGCAGUGCGGAUUCGCAAUCCGAGAUGGACAACAAUGUGAGCAUCGAAAUCGCAACGGAUGCCUAUCUGCUGAACAAUACGGAUAAGGUGAGGAUCAAGUCGCAGCCAGUGCGCUGUACUCCCAGAUCCAGCGGCACCUUCGGCAUCGACAAGCGACUGUCCAAGUUCAAUGUGCGCGAGACGAAACCGCGGACGAGUCCGGAAUGGGAGCUCCGGCAGAGAGAAAAGGCACGGGAAGUGGCGCGGCAACGAGAACGGGAGCGGGAUCGACAGCUGUUGGAAGACCGACGCUUGGAGCAGGAGAGGGAGCUUCAGGAGGAGCGGGAGCGUGCUCGCCAGCGGGAGCGAGAUCGAGAGCAGCUCCGCCAGUUGGAGCGCCUGCGGGAUGAGGAGCGUCUCAUAGAGUUGGAAGUGGAGCGCGAGAGGCAGCGCUUGCGGGAGCUGGAGCGGGAAAGUCAGCGGCACAGAGAAAUCGAACGGUUGUGUGCCCUCCAGGAGCAAGCGCGUCGGGAACAACUUGAGCUACUGUGUCAAGAGCCAAUAAAUCCCCCACCGCCGGUGCCAAUGACCUCGCACUUGUACACCACGACCUCCGAUGAUCGUUUGCCCGGAAUGGCCUUUUGUGACUUAACGUCCCGAAGGCCUCGGAGAUUGGCGACUUCAACGGAGAAUCCUUCCAGAUCGAAGGCAAGACGGAGGACUAGAGUUAAUCAGGAUGCUAGAAGUGUCGCAUCCGCAACCCGUUCACUUACUCCCCCGCCGAUCCUUACCCGGAAUAGCAGCUCCCCUUCACCGACUGAUCCGUGUACUCCCACCUCCCGUUCUUCCUAUGUAAAUCGGAGGUCAAACCCCAGCUCCAGUCGUAGUUUUACACCCGUUUCAAAUCCCCCGCGUACUGCUUCGCCUACCGUCCCAAGGAAUCUUGAUCGCAGUAGUUCGGGAACUUCAAAUGGCAAUGUCCAUGUCACAGUGACCACGACCGGGAGACGGAGCAACUGCAGCAUGAGGCGUUCAUCCAAUGCCCGGGUUAGUGAGCAAAAACAGCUGAAUGGAAACCAAACCUGCGUCACCUGUCUGAAUAAUAUGCCCAUUAGGAUAACCACCUCCCGAUCCAGGGAUACGGAUCUAGCCUUUAGUCUGAACCAUGUGCGUAUGAGGGCAUCUUCACCAGCGCCACGGGAAAGGAGCAGCAGUCAGGAAAGCCAAGAUUCCUGUCAGGUUAACAUCAGCGUGUAUGCGGAUAAACUGCGUUUGAUGCGUUUGUAAUAAUAUAGGGGAAAUUGGGGGAUUAUAUGCGUGAUUUUUGGGACAGAUCAUCUCUAGAACAUAGGGUUAAGCUGUCCCAGAAGUCGCACAUAUGCACCCCUAACUUUUCUAUAUUAGACUAGCCCCAAAAUUAGUUGUAUCAUCGCUGUUAUUUGACUUUUAAAUGUUCCUAACUAAAGUAAAUCCCAAAAUGAUAUUCCAAACUAGGUAA